UUCAAUUUUAUUAUCAAUUAAACUAAAACAUACAUAAAAUGGGCCGCCUUAAAUCUUCGGCCGAUAUCCUAGGCACUCAGGAGAUCAAAACUGUAGGCCUAUGGAAGGCUUUGGCGGCCGAAUUUUUGGGCACUCUGAUCCUGGUGCUGUUCGGCUGCGCCUCGACCCUCGACGAGAAAACAGACAUCGUUAGAGUCUCACUCACCUUCGGCUUCACACUUGCAUGUCUUAUUCAGGCCCUGGGUCACAUCUCUGGAUGCCACGUGAACCCCUCAGUGACGCUGGGCAUGCUAGUCGCGCGCUACAUCUCCGUGACGCGCAGCAUCCUGUACGUCGUCGCCCAGACGCUCGGUGGCAUUGCAGGAGCUGGCAUCCUUUACGGCAUCACACCUGAAAGCCUUCGAUAUGGCAUGGGAUGUACCCGCGUGAACCCUGAGCUGACGGAAGGACAGGCGUUCGGCGUGGAGGUUUUGUGCACGUUCUUGCUGGUCUUCACGAUCUUCGGCUCUACGGACUCCCGCAGGACGGACGUUAAAGGAUCAAUCUCCCUCGCUAUCGGUCUCGCCGCCAUCUGCACUCACAUGUUUGGUGUAUACUGGGCUGGUCCGGUAUGCGGAGGUAUACUUGGAGCCCUCGUGUACCAAGCCCUCUUCAGAGGAGCCCACAAGCCCACUCCCCCCCCCUCAGACCUCCACACCGCCCGCCCUCUCAUCCCCAUCACACACAAGGAGCUCAAGAACCUGGAGAUGGAGGCCUGACCUCCACACCGCCCGCCCCCUCAUCCCCAUCACACACAAGGAGCUCAAGAACCUCGAGAUGGAGGCCUGACCUCCACACCGCCCCCUCAUCCCCAUCACACACAAGGAGCUCAAGAACCUGGAGAUGGAGACCCCGAGUGCCGUUUCCGAGUGGGCGACACUAGACUGCAUACCAUUAUAGUCGUUCGGUGAAAUGAUCAAAAUUACCGUAUACUUAAAUAAACUAAAGAGUACUUUUAUGAAUUUUGAACUAUUACAUUGAUUAUCUUACUCUAAUCAUGCAUUUUGACGGGUAGCAGAUUCCAAGUUAAUGAAAUAAAAGUUGAUAUAUCAGGAAUAAUUUAUGGCAUACACGAUCAUGGAAAGACUGAAUUAUCAUGCUAGUGAUACAAUAUGGGCAUAAUUGUGACAAUCUCUGUCCAUGGUUUGUAUUUUUAUUGAUGCGUUGCAAUAAUGAUAUACUACACAACAUUAAUGAGCGUGAACAUAGAAAUUAGUUAGUCGUAAAAAAUGCUAAGAAAAUAUUAAUAAUAUGGCGAUAAUAUUGCAUGAAAUCCGGAGUGAUGAAUAAAGAAGUUGAAAUCGGUGCAUAGUUCAAAUAAAAAAUCUAAAUUUGCAUAAAAUUCACAAGUUGUUGAAUCAUGAUCUUAUUCUGAAUUUUAUUUAGGACAAGUGUUGAAUUCAUCUCAGAACGUAAACAAUUGAUAAACAUCGACGAAAAUUCAGAGACGUUGAAUUUUUUGGAAGAAAAAUUCAAUUUAUGUCACUGGGUUCUUGAGUAGUCAAAAUUCAUUAAUGCGAAAUUCAUUCUAAGACAUAAAUCUUUUUACAAAUUUGCCGUUUACCGGUAAAUUAUUGAUAACUGCGUCACUUAUUCAUAUAUAUUUGACACAAACACGUAUUUUGAUUAAAAUAUCUUACAUAUUUCUUCAUAAAAGUCACUCAUAGAAAGUCUCUCGGCGCGUGAUUUCACUCACAGAAUGUACAAAAUUGUCCUGGCUCAAUUUAUGUACAGGAAACGAAAUUACGAGACUGAAUGGGAAAAAGCACUUCAAGAACACUAACGCAAGUUAACUGCGUGUACUUUACAUCAUUCUCAUUGCAUCAAUAAUUCUGUUGCAUGAUACUUUGAUAAAAUAUAUGUACUGUAAAUAUCUGACACAUAGCAUUGACUUUCCUUUUCACGGCCAUUGCGGUUUGUCUAAAAAAUUCGACUGGUAUUUUAAAAUUUACUAAACAUCAUUAAAUUUCGGAUACUUUUGUACUAAAAAUGCAGUAAGUCUUUUGCUUUAUGUAUGAGUUUUUUCUGUAAUAUAUUAAGCAAUUUAGCAAUCUUUGCAAUAAAUAUUGUUUGCGUAUAAGCAUCAGGAAGAGUUCAAUCCACCGGAAUGAUUAAUUUCUUUAUAUUUUAUAGCAUUGAUAUCUUAACAUCAACCAUAUUUAUUAUCUACGAAUUUUGUCUUUUUCGACUAGCACUUUUUCAUAACCGCCAAUCAUCUUCAUUCAUGCAUCUAUAACCACCAUCAACAUUGUACUUCAUUCAUCAAUUUUACCGUUUACAGCAAUUAAUUGGCGUUUACAAAUCAUUAGCGUUGAUUAUCGUCGUAAAAUGUUCAGACAAGAGAUUUACAAAGGUACAUAAUACAUAAUAAUCUAGAAUUCAUAAUAAUCGAACAGCUACUUUGCUCGGAUAUAUUACUUGGUUGAAAGCACUGGACAUGCUUUGAUCUCGAAAAUACUAGUUGUGUGUAUCGGCAAUAUAGUUAUUUUCAUUCAGAAUUUUAUAUACUAUUAUCUGUUGAAAUGAGCUCUCCAAAACUAUCAAUUUUUGUUACUAUUGGUUUCACUUGCUAGUUAUCGAGCGCAUGUUUCCAGAAGUUUUCCAGAAUUUAUUCACGGUUAUAAUAUUAAUCUUAACAUAAAUUUUAAGGCUUGUCCUGUAAUCUGUAAUAAGAACUUCACGAUGAUUUCUAAUACUUUGAAAAAACAACAUUUUCAUAAUAUUUUUGUUUGCAUGAAUUUUCGUAAAAUUAUUAUACGAAAUUCCCGCCUCUUGAAUGUUGGAGAAUAGAUUUAAAGACUAGAUGUAUGAAAUGGUAACGUUUGACACAGUUGUUCGGUAAUUUCUAAAACCCUAACACUUAAUGUAAGUUUUUAGUGUAGGAAUUGAUGAAACAAAGCCAAUUUGUAUGAAUUUCAGCAUAAUGAUCAGUAUUUUUAGCAUGUGUUUCUUAAUAAACGAUGAACCAUA